AUGUGUGUGGGGGUACAUUGGUUCAAACUCUGGACAACCCUACAGGCUUUGUGCAACCAACAGUCAACAAGCACCUUGGGAGGGAGGGGGCUUCAGGUGUUGACACCAGCAACAACACCACUAGUGAACACGCGCAAAAGGUUUGCGAGGUACGGUUUUGCAGGAAAUAUACGACUAAAACCCGUCGGACCCGGAAGCGGAAAUGCAGCACGUCGGAGCGGCAGGCCCAAAACGACAGGGCGCCCCGCUAGAGCAGUAUACGCUAUAAACUGUUGCGCAACGCAGGCUGGCAAGGGCGGAAAGCCGGAAAAGGGCCAGCAGCGACCGCCGAGGCUCGUGGCGGAGAGUAGCGAGCCGCGCGCCGGUGCCAUGAGGGGGGCGGUUUUCCCAAGCACGGAGGAGGUCCAGGGGGAAUUGAAGGCGGCUUUCAGGGCGGUGCGGGAACGGGGCGGGGUCGUCUACCCUCACCCUGGGCAGGGCGGCACCGCACCGAACUGGGCGCGAGGCAUCCGCGCGCAGCCCCCAGCGGGGGACGGCGAAAAGCGGAAAACGGGAACGCACGGGAGAAGACCCCGCCACCGGCAGAAACCGGCGAAGCCGGUCCCAACCCCGCCAGCCAGCCGCCCACUGCCCCCUCUCGCCCACCCAUCCGGGUGCGCCGACGGGGCACUAACAGCCCAACAUUCACACCAGUCUACAUUUUGUGGCAUUUUUUCUUACAGCCCCAAAACCCCAGACAUCGAUUCCCUUCAUAACCAUUGGAAUCAAACGCUGAAAGAGGGCGCCAUGGGGUUUUUCGGCGGAGUUACUCUCCCCUCUGGCGUGCAUGGCACACAGCAGCGGAGCGGGCCUAUGGCCAGCGGGUGCUUGCUGCGGCUUCCUGAGAUGGUCCGUUUUUUGGAGAAGAAUGUUUGUGGAAUGAUCUGUGCUACCAAGCAGAUAGUGCAAGAUAUGCCAGGCAGGUUCUCCGGUGGGGCGUCAUACGGUGCACUGACAUCGUAG